AAGAGGAAGAGGGCAUUAGGGCAGCUCCUGCUUCUCUCUCGUCAACAAUCACAGUCAGCAGACUAGAUAGACUACAGCAGAGCAGCUCGAACUCAAGAGCGACGCCGCUUUCUUUUAGACACUCGUGAGAUUGUAAUAGCCUAUAUUUUAAAUUCAGUUUGUAAUCGAGAAGUGUGCAUAUAGUCACUAAAGUGGGACAGUCGCGGUGUCGGAGUUGUUGAGUUGUUGUGCGGCAAACCACCCAUGACCAAAGCGCAUGGACUAUUGGAAUACUUCUGCGACGCACGAAUACACUUCGAACUGAAGCAGCGAGUUGGGAGUGCAUUUUGUCCAUCGAAAAUAAUUCCGUUCUAUAUUGGAGGUUACGUUUAUUGACUUUUCAAACCACUGAUAUUUCUUUGUCUGUUUCCCUUUGUUUUGGCUGUCUACACGACUGCUGGACUGGACACAGUCAUGCGCUCUCUGUCUCUCUAUUGUGACAUCAAGUUUCCAGCAUUUUUCCUAGGCUAUUUAUGGUUUAUUUGAAUAGGGACAGAUAUAAUCAAAUUGAUAUAGCGAAUCAACAAUUAUCUGAAACUUUGCAGUGUGUGGGACCAUUUUCAACACCUGACCCUCGAUGGGAUUUUGGAAAGCUUUAUGAGGCUAGAGGACUGGCUAGAACUUCUGUUUCACAGACCUUCACACAGACCUUACCGGACUUCAUAUUUUGUGGACAUCAGAACAGGACAGGAGCCAUCAUGGGUGUCAGGCAGAGUAGCCCCAUGGCUGAGAGUCGAACCCGGGCAUAUUCUAGCCCUGUCCCCUCCUCUGGAGGCAGCACUACCCCAGUGUUCAGAUACACAGCUGGGCCUGGUGGGCCCCAAAUUCACUACACCGGAUGGAACCGACCCAGCUCCUACCACCAGAUUAAUGUAACUCAUGGCGGGCGGAGCAGGACGGAUGUGUUCGGUAACAGUCUGGACCAGGAGGAGCCAGACUGGGAGAGAGGAGAACACCAGCUGAUGAUUGGCUCUCUACCACUUCACCUGUCCCCUAACCUACUGGGAGGGUUCCACUGUCCUGUGUGCAGUAAGUUUUUGGUGUCAGAUGAGAUGGAGAUCCACCUGAUCAUGUGUCUCACCAAGCCACGACUCGCCUACAACGAGGACGUUCUGGAGAAGGAUAGUGAGGAGUGUGCCAUCUGUCUAGACGAGAUGGAGCAGGGAGACACCAUCGCUCGACUGCCCUGUCUCUGUAUCUACCACAAAGGGUGUAUAGACGAGUGGUUUGAGGUGAAUCGUUCGUGUCCAGAGCACCCCUCGGAUUAAAGCUUCAGAUAUCCAUGGCAUGUCUACUAUCUACCUAGUUCAUCCAGAUCUACGUCUUCAUGCUGGCCUAUAAAUCUACUUUACCUAGAUCUACUUCUUCAUGACAUGCUGGCCUAUGAAUCUACUUUACCUAGAUCUACUUCUUCAUGACAUGCUGGCCUAUGAAUCUACUUCAUCCAUAUCUACUUCCUCAUGACAUGCUGGCCUAUGACUCUACUUUACCUAGAUCUACUUCUUCAUGACAUGCUGGCCUAUGAAUCUACUUCAUCCAGAUCUACGUCCUCAUGACAUGCUGGCCCAUGAAUCUACUUCACCUAGAUCUACGGCUGACCUGCUGGUCCGUGAAUCUACUCUACUUAUAUCUACGUCUGACCAGUGUUUGAAGAAUGACGACCCUAGCCUGUAAAGUGCAGCCUACUCUUUUGCCUCACCAGGAUACCCCUAAUAUGCCUGGAAUGCUCAUUUAGAGAUGCUCACAAUAGACUUGUACUUCAGCUGACUGACAAUGAGGACGCUGCUCAUGCUUAUAUAAGACACUGAUGAACGAUGAUGACUUGAGGAACACGGUGGUGCAUGGACACACAGCGAGACUUCAUAUUCCUCUCAGAUCUACUCUAGUGGGUAGGGGUGGAUACCUUCAUUGUUAGUAUUACGCUAUUAUAACAAUGGAUUAAUGGGGUUUGAUUUUAACGGUGUAGAAUGAGGGUAUUUAGACAGCCGUUUCUACUGUAGUAAGACACACGGUCUGAGUGCUGUGGCUGAAACACGCAGUUACUUCUGACCUUCAUUUGUACUUAUGUCAAUUAUGAAAUCGCAUGUUCUGUUGCCCUUCGUUUUGAUUUCUGUGGUUGUGUAAAAUCAAUUUAAAGGGAGCAUACAGGUAAUUAAAACCUUUUUGAUUUACUCCAGACUUCACUGUGAAAUGUAUAUUUUGCAUAAGAGCUUGAAUUCAUCGAAUAAAGAACUAAAGCACAAAUCAGCUCCAGAAUAUGUACUGUAAAAAUAUAGUGAAUAUAUAUGUUCACAAUAUCAUUAAUGUAUGUUUAAAUCAUGGGUAUUACAUAUGUACUAUAUUUUAAUAUUACUGAAUCAGAACUUUCUGAGGUUUAAGAAACUAAGAAUAAAAAUGUAUCAAAUUGA